AUGGAGAAAGUUGUGAUGGGAACAAGGUCCAGCCAGGCCAAAAUCUUGGGUACAACUGUGUCGAUAGCAGGCGCAUUUGUCAUAACACUUUACCAAGGUCCGCCAAUUUGUAUCACCCCGUCGGGAUCAUCAUCUCGACUCGGUCAUUCUCUUGUUCAUUCCACAGCAGCACAAAACUGGGUUCUUGGUGGCAGUUUAAUCACUCUUCAGUAUGCGCUGGUUACUUUGUGGGCGUUUCUCAUGACACAGAUAAUGAGAGACUACCCUUCGGGGCUUACAGUAAUCUUCAUCUACAACACAUUUGUAAGCAUCAUAGGUGCAGUUGUUGCUCUGAUUGCCGAAGGAACAUCGUCGGGUGCUUGGAUAAUGAGCUCAAACACGGCACUAGCUUCAGUCAUUUGCACCGGAGUGUUUGGAUCGUGCUUGAGCAAUGCCGCUGAAGCAUGGGUGCUGCCGAUAAAAGGACCCGUUUUUGCUAACAUGUUCACUCCGUUUGGAAUGGUGAUCGCUGUCGCCAUGGGCGUAAUGCUGCUAGGUGAUACUCUGCAUCUUGGAAGUCUCCUCGGAGGGACAGCCAUAUCCAUCGGCUUCUACAUGUUCAUGUGGGGAAAGGUGAAAGACCAAAACGAUGACGGCGGCGUAAAAACAGAGCAGAAUGCCGAUGACCAUAGCAGUAGCAGCAAUACAGAUAAGGUUCCUUUACUAUAA